CCCCCAGCCGCGGGGGGUUCCUGAGGGUACGGACUCUACAGGGGCCGCGUAGGCGUGGAGCCCCAGCCCGUCCCCUUCCUGCCGGAGAAAGUUGUGGCUCCAAACUCGCUCUCCCGCUCCGACCCCUGGGGUCCUUCCUUCACUCCUGCUCCAUCCCCGGGGGUCCCCGGGACUCCCUGGCGAGGUGGGGCCGGGCGGCAGGUGCAGAGAUUACAGGCCCCUACAGCCCCGGGGAGUGUCCGACCCCACUUCGGUCCCUUUCUUCCCUGGCCAACGGACGGUUCCCCAGAGGCGGGUUCCAGCCCCCCUCGUGAGCUCCCUCUGCAUUCAUUCAGAAGGGAGCAGGGUGCGCGGGGCCCCCGGUUUCUCGGGGCACUUCCCGUUUGCAGUCUCUCCGCCCACCUCCGGAGCUGGUGCCUGAAGUCGCUGGGGACCUCGGUUUGGCGUCCUAUGCGCCCAAGAGAAGCACAGGUGCCUUGGGCGGACCCCGGCCACUAAUGCAUUGCGAACACCUGCUUUGCAUUCAGCGCCAAAGCCAGGAGAGCCCUGGGGACAGCAGAGAGGCGCGGUGGCCUGACAGGUGCCCGGAAUUCGCAUCCCUAGAACGCAUUCUCCCAGAGGACAGAGCCGUAUCUAGAGCCGACCAGGUUUAUAGUCUCUCCUUCUGAUGAAAAGAGAAAGGAAGAAUGGAUUACAGUCACCAGACUUCCCUAGUCCCAUGUGGAAAAGAUAAAUACAUUUCCAAGAAUGAACUUCUCCUGCAUUUGAAGACCUACAACUUGUACUAUGAAGGCCAGAAUUUGCAGCUCCGACACCGUGAGGAGGAAGACGAGUUCAUCGUGGAGGGGCUGCUGAACAUCUCCUGGGGACUGCGCCGGCCCAUUCGUCUGCAGAUGCAGGAUGACAACGAGCGCAUUCGCCCCCCUCCUUCCUCUUCCUCCUGGCACUCGGGCUGUAAUUUGGGAGCCCAGGGCACCAUUAUGAAGCCCCUCACCAUGCCUAACAUUCAGAUCACAGAGGUAGACGACCCAGACGAGAGUGAUCAGAUGUCAAGCCCCACAGACUCCAGAGGCCUGAAGCCCCUGCAGGAGGACACCCCACAGCUGAUGCGCACGCGCAGUGAUGUUGGCGUGCGUCGCCGUGGCAACGUGAGGACACCCAGCGACCAGCGGCGAAUCAGACGCCACCGCUUCUCCAUCAAUGGCCAUUUCUACAACCACAAGACGUCAGUCUUCACACCAGCCUACGGCUCCGUCACUAACGUUCGCAUCAACAGCACCAUGACCACCCCGCAGGUCCUGAAGCUGCUACUCAACAAAUUUAAGAUUGAGAAUUCAGCGGAGGAGUUUGCUUUGUACGUGGUCCAUACCAGCGGUGAGAAACAGAAGCUGAAGAACACUGAUUACCCGCUGAUUGCCCGAAUCCUCCAGGGCCCAUGUGAGCAGGUCUCUAAAGUAUUCCUUAUGGAGAAGGACCAAGUGGAGGAAGUCACCUAUGACGUGGCCCAGUAUAUAAAGUUCGAGAUGCCUGUCCUUAAAAGCUUCAUUCAGAAGCUCCAAGAGGAAGAAGAUCGGGAAGUAAAGAAGCUGACGCGCAAGUACACUGUGCUCCGGCUAAUGAUUCGGCAGAGAUUGGAGGAGAUAGCCGAAACCCCAGAAACAAUUUGAGCCACAAGAAACAGGGGAUCCAGACACCACAAUAGCCGCCGUUUACAUGAAAAGACCCACAGGAAGCUGGAUGCCUUCCUUCCACAGAAAUGUUUAAAGGCAAACAUCUCCAGCUCCCAAAAAGCCACCAUUUGCUGCCUGGAGCAGGAUGGAGAAGCCAGCAGACAGCUCUCCAUCCUUGGACCCCUGAGUUUCUCCUUGCUUUCACCCACAAGGAAUUUAUUUUUGUUAUAAAGAGGACCCAAAAUGUGUGUGUGCACGCAUGCAAAUCCGCACAUGUGUGCACACAUUGUACAUGUUCACGUGCCUACCUGAUACAUUCACAUGCAAUUGAAUUCCAGGAAAACUAGAGGAGUCACCUAUCUGAGGAGUUUUAGGUUCAAAAAAUUUUCUCCCCUCACGUGCCAGGGAGCAGCCACACAUAUCUGCCCAUGCUUAGAAGGGAAGAGGGGCUCAGCGAGCUCGCCUCAGCAAGCUUGAGGUAUGUAUAUGUUAGUAGAAAUGCUCCCUCUAUGCCUAGAAGAUCUGCAAAUGUGAGAUCCUUGGAAAUUAACAAAAUAAUAGCCCCAUGCACUUGGGGCAGGUCUGAUGGAAAGAGAAAGACAAACCAUCAGUGGGGUAGAUGCAAUAAGCCCACAAGUUUUUACACUGGAAACUUCAAUUUUAAAUAACAAAGCUGUAUAUGAUGACCUGUGUAGAUGCCUAUAGAGGGUGGAUUCUGCCUCUGUCCUUGCCUCCAUGGCCGCUUCCAGGAGACAGGAGGGGAACCUGAUGAUUCUCUCAGCACGCAAGCUGCUGACUCCAACUCUUUGGUGCCUCCUCGAGUUGAAGGAAGGAUCUCAUGAAACAGGCCUCUGUGGUUUGCACAUGGCGCUAACUGGUUAUUGUAACCUAGGCCUGGACUUGUUCUGCCGUGGUGGCCAGGCAGCGUCCCUCCUUAUGGAAAUGUAGAGGCUCCUUGCAGACAUGAAGGUGUCUGUGAGCCCAGCCCAUUUUCACAUCAUCAAGGGGUCUUCCUGCACUUGAAGCUGCACUUCUGUGUAUUUGAAGUCAAGGCUUUGUUCUUUCCAAAGCUGGAUUCUUGCAAGUUGCCCUCGCCUUGUGCAUGGACAUGGACUCCAAGAAUGAGGACUCGUCCUGCUAAUGACGGAGCACAGGUUCAGGGAAGCUCUUUGGGCUGCCCUCGGAAGGUGCAGAGGGAGGAAGAAGCUUCUCCUUCAGCUUCUCUGAGUAGCCACCUGGGUGAUCUUUAGAGCAGACGCCAAUGGGGGGAACAGGUCAGGGCCAGUCUGUGCCCCAGAGCCCCCACUGGGAAGAUUUCCCGGCAGCUGGAUGCCAGUGCAACUGAUACUGUUUGAAGAGGGACAGACAGAUGCUUGGAGCAGGGUGCUUGGCUGUGGAGAUCAACCAAGCAAGGCCAGGAACUCCUGAUAGCAGGCGUCACUGAGCCUUGUUGGGGUAGGGAUGCUCCCCAUCUCUUCUCUACUUCUUCUCCGAGAAUGGUUUGGAGAGCUGGCCAGUUGAGGAAAGGAGAACCACUGAUGGGUGCCUGUAAGGAAGGUGGAUCUUUGCAGCAGAGCCGUUCCUGCCCCAGGCACCCUCCUGCUCCCUUCCUGCCCCCGUGGCCUCCAUGGCCUAUUUAGAUGUCUCACAGCAAUGGUCUCAUUGUUGACUUUUAAGAAGAUGGCAUACUGCAACCCAGCAUUUUGCCAGGGGUCUCUUAACAAGCCUAUCUCCUCUGUGGGGACAGCACCACCAAUCCAGUGGGGUGUGGACUGGAAAUCCGGAGGCCUUAGUCUCAAUCAUACACCUCGGUGGACUUUGUAAAAUGCACAGAAUUGGGAAAAAAGAGGGAAGGGAGACUUCCUUUGUUACCAAUGGGAAAGAGCAGUUUUGUGAAUGCAAGCAUACUUCCUGAGUUUUGUGUUUGAGAAAAAUGGCUUGGAAAACUUCUCUUCCAGUUAUUUUUAUUUUGAAUGUUCAAAGCCUUUGUUGGCCACAAUAAUUCUCCUUGGAGGGCCUGGGAGAAGAAUUUCCAGCAAGCAAAUACUAACCACUAACUUUUAUUGGACAGCUAUUUCUGGUUUAUAAAAGUUCCCUUUAAUUUGCACUAGCACUAUGAUAAUGUUGAAUAUGGAAAUGUAAAACGUCAGGUUUGGCAGAUCACUUUCUGAGAAAGUGAUAACGUAGACUUGGCUCUUUAAAGAUGGGGGUGAGGGUGAAGUGAGGGGAAAUCAUCUUACACAAUACAUUCCAUUUAAUGCAGGCCACACUUCUCUAUUUUUGGCACACCCUGUUGAGAGAUUAUUUCUCACACCCUAAUAACCCAAUCGGGAAUUUUGGAAAGGUUCUUUGAAACAGCAGUAGCUGAAACAGAGACACCUCCGCCAUGUGGAGCCGGAUUUUCUCACUGGUAUCACAUGGCCCUGCAGCUUUGAACUCCUGGACCAAUUUGUGUGGGUUUAUGUAAUUGUGUGCAGUGGACCUGAAAUUGUGUGAAGAACAAAAGAUCAAUUUAUAGGAUUUUU